UGCGAUCGAUCUCGUCGGGGGCACCCCAACAGCAACAAACAAACACAGCAGUCGAGUCGAGCGACCAUCGCCAUCCCCAACAGCAGCAGCGGCGUCCCACCGGCAGCAGGAGAGGGCGGUCCCGGAUUCGAGCCGACCGAACACAGAAACAGGCAGGCAGGCAGGUCGUUGCGUUUCGCUUCGCUUCGUUUCGUUCUCUGGCGGAAUUAAGACGAGCGCCAUCCGCAUCAACGCAACGCAACGCACGAGCAGCUCGAAGAGAAGGCGGAGGCAUGAGCAGCCACGGCCGUUCCCGCGCCUCCGGCGGGCACGACCGGCGCCACCGCUACGGUGACCACGAAACCGACGAACACCGCAGCGAAACCGCGGAGCGGUACCGGGAGCGGAACCGGCGGGCCGACCGGUUGCACCGCGAGCGCGAAAGAGAACGGCCGGGGAACCGCGAAAGCCGCCACCGCAACGACGACGACGACGACGACGACCGCGAGGCCAAGAAGCGGAGGCUCGCCGCCGACCGGGAGGAGCGCAUGGCCCGGCUCCGGGACCAGCUCCGGAAGGAGGACGAGACCCUGGCGGAGCUGGACCGCAAGCAGGCCGAAACCGAGGGAGGGGCCGCCGGAUCCAAGACCAGCGGGCCGACCGAGGCCGUGGUCGAGGUSCGCCCGGGGGACCUCGAGGGGCUGGACGAGGAGGAGCAGAUGAGGAAACUCCUGGGCUUUGACGGCUUUGGGUCGACCAAGGGAGAGGCGGUGGAGGACAACCACUCCACGGCCGCGAGGGGAGGGGCGGCCAAGAACAAGGCGAGAAAGUACCGGCAAUACAUGAACCGAAAGAGCGGUUUCAACCGGCCGCUGGAAAAGAUGAACUGAGCCGGCCGGAGCUACCGGUGCGGGGCAGCGGUGGCGCCCGUGGACGACACUCGGCGGAUGCCCACCAAUCCGAGGCARCACUCUGUCAGUAUAACAUUUCCGCUUA